AUGGCAUUGUGCGGGAAUCAUUAUCGAUAUUUGAUCCUAACCAUCGGAUUCUUCUGUCUCUCCUCAGUUUGUUCGAAUUAUAUUGUCAUCAAUUUCACGUUUAUCUGCAUGAAAGAUGAUUUUUCAGUGACAAGAGAAGGUCAAAAUGGGGUGAAUUUUUAAAAAUUUUUUUAAAUUAUUAAAAAAUUAUAAUUUCAGACAAUUCAAAGUAUCUACGAUUACACACCCGAUGAGAAAAAAUGGAUAAUGUGGGCUGUGGCUGCUGGAACAAUCAUCGGAACUAUCCCAAUCAAUUGGUUCUAUGUAAAAUUCGGUGGCAAAUUUCCAUUCCUAAUCGCUGGUUUAGUUUCGCUAACUUCCACGGCUCUAAUCCCCCUGGCUGCUGAAUACAGUAUGAUGUCCUUUUUGGUUUUGAGGUUUAUCCAGGGUCUCGCAUAUUCUGCUGAUUUUGCGGCGAUUGGAUUGAUGACCGUUCGUUGGGCGCCACUCAAAGAAACCGCAUUUUUUAUCGCCACUUUGACGUGUUUCACAGGAAUCGCAUCAUUGAUAACGAAUUCUGUCACUGGAUUGGUAAGUGAUACUAGAGAAAACUUAAUAAUCAUUUUUUAAAUGUAGAUCUGCCAAAGUUCACUGGGCUGGAAAUGGGCUUUCUACCUUCAUUCGAUUGUCGGGCUAUUCUUGUUUAUUUUAUGGGCUCUGUUCUAUAUUGAAGAUCCCGCGGAGACGAAAAGAAUAUCGGUGAAGGAAUUGGGAAAGAUUCACAAGAACAAAUCAGCAGCGCAUUUGGAUAAAAAUGCCAAAGUUCCGUAUUUGGUAAGUUGUAUCUUGUAGAUGAUAUGAGAUCAUUGAUCAGAUUUUUGGAAAAAAUAUAGUGAUAAAGAGACCUUUGAAGAAUGUCACGAAAAGAAGAUUUCUUAUAUCAGAAAUAUCUAAAGAUCUCAGGUUUUAAAUUGAUUUAUGGGGUAUUUCUGAAGUUUUGAUAAUAGUUAAGCUUAAAAUAUUUACAAUAACUCAAACACUUCUAACCUAGAAUUCUACAAGCUCAAAUAAUUUCAGGCAAUUUUUAGCCAUAAAUAAAUAUUUGCUUCAAAAAUUGAAGCUCAGAAAAUUUCAAAUCAAAUUUUGUAGCUGGAAAAUGUUAGGACAAAAAAUUACAGUUUUCAAGCCUGAAGAAUUUUAGCUCCAGAAUUUCAAGUCAAAUUUCAAAUUUGUAAAAGACUACAUUUUCUUGGAAAAAAUUAAGAAAACAGUACUUUGAGAUUUUCUAAACGUAUUAUCAUAAGAACCUGAAUACAGAACUUCUGGACACAAUUUUUUUUUGAAAAAUAUUAAAGAUUCAAAAUCCGAUCCUCCUUUUCCAGAAAAUCUUCACCAGCCCUGUAAUUCUCAUCGUCUGGCUAAAUGCAUUCUUCGAAAUGUCAGCAGUUAUUCUAUUCGCCACCUACAUGCCAAUAUAUUUCCAUCAAGUUCUUGGUUUCGGAGUUGCUGAAACUGGUUUCUACGUUGGUCUGGUGCUUGGGAUGAAUAUUCCAACAAGACUGGCGGCAGCGAUGUUGAGCGAUAAAUUGACGUGA